UCACGUGUGCGCAGGGGGCCAGAAACGGAGCGAGAGAGACGGGGAAAAAUCAAAAGAGGGAAAGCACAUUAGACCAUGCGAGCUAAAUUUGCGAUCGUUCAAAAUCAGGAUGUUAGAUUAAUGCAGAAGACCACUUCGAUCCACAGGGAAAGUUUUCAUCUCACGAGUUUGGAGCAGAGGGCCCGUGGGGCAACAUGGCCGAAGCAGGGGCGAGUAAAGGUGGAGACGAACCCGGGAAGUUGCCGGAGCAGGAAGAAGAAGAGGAAUCCCAGGUUUUGCACGGAACCGGCCAUUGCAAAUGGUUCAAUGUGAGAAUGGGAUUCGGGUUCAUCUCCAUGAGCAACCGAGAGGGAAGCCCCUUGGAGUCUCCAGUUGAUGUCUUUGUACACCAAAGCAAGCUUUACAUGGAAGGAUUUAGAAGCCUAAAAGAAGGAGAACCUGUGGAAUUUACUUUUAAGAAAUCUUCCAAAGGCCUUGAAUCAAUACGGGUAACAGGCCCUGGUGGGAGCCCCUGUUUAGGAAGUGAAAGACGACCCAAAGGGAAGACAGUACAAAAAAGAAAACCAAAGGGAGAUAGAUGCUACAACUGCGGUGGCCUCGACCACCACGCUAAAGAAUGUAGUCUACCUCCGCAGCCAAAGAAGUGCCAUUACUGUCAGAGCAUCAUGCACAUGGUGGCUAACUGCCCCCAUAAAACUGUCUCGCAGCAGCCCACUAGUUCUCAGGGAAGACACGAAGCCGAACCGCAGCCUUCCACGUCUGCCUUCCUGAGAGAAGGGGGAGGAACGCACGGCUUCUCGUCUCCAUCGUACUCUCAGGAAGGCAGGUCGGAGAUCUCGGAGCGCUCGGGCAGGUCACCACAGGAAGCUUCGUCGAGUAAGUUGUCUGCGUCGCCUGAAGAACCGAACAGAAAGGGGCCUUCUGUUCAGAAAAGGAAAAAAACUUAAUGAUUUUGCAUAACGUUCCGUUUUCUUUACCCUCUUGGGAUGUCUACCUCAUGCAAGUACAGGGGAAAUAAUUCAUUAUCAGUAGCUGACCUGGAAUUUUAACUACUGUUGAGGAACUGUGAAUGUUUUUUUUUGUUUUGUUUCGUUUGUUUUUGUUUUGGUUUUUUUUUUUUUUUUUUUUCUUUGAUAGACAAAUCACUCCAAACAAAAUACAUUUGAGCAGGGUGCAUUAUGUUUUACCUUCUGUGUGUACGUAUGAGUGUGCAUGCGUGUGUGUAUGUGUACAUAUCUAUAAAUAUAUAUUUUUCCAUCAGACCAUUCUCAGAUCCCAUCAGACAGUACUGUGAAGCAAAAGUCACAGUACCCAGUGUUCCUGAACUCAUUCCUAGAACCUGUUUCCAAACAUGUUCAAAAAGCAAACAAGAAACCCCAGUUUUCUGAAAUUUCACUCAGAAACAAACCAAACCUGAUAAACCACACAAAGAACUGACAUUGAGACUGUUACUUCUCUUGUGAACCAAAGGAUACUUUCAUAUUUUAAAGCUGCCAUAUGGUACUAAAGAUACUAAGACAUCCCCCCGUACCAUCAAUUUGAAUUAUUUCCUUUUUCAUCUCCACAAAGUAUCAAAACCCCUCCCCAUGCCGGUGCAGGGCAGUUUCAUGACUCAAGACGACUCUCAUUGCCACCACCCUUUGUUGGUGAGGAGUUUAAAGCUCCAGAAAAGACAAUGAAUGUGUAAUUUCUGUGAUGGUUUCUCAAAGCAUUUUGUUAAAUUAAUAUGGUUGUAACUGUAAUUUAGAUGUCUGUUGUGUAGGGGAGAAUGUAUAAGUUGUUACCAAACAGACCCUUUUGAGUGGUGUCAGGAUGCCAUCCUGGUUAGCCAUUUGUAUACUGUGAACAUUUAGGGUACCUUGGUGGCAGUAGCAGCCGCAGCAGCAGCAGCAGCAGUUUCUCUUGGUCCCAAGUACUGUCCCUCAAUUUGAAGGGUCUUUCCCCCCUUAUUUCCUGUUGAAAUACCAUGGAGAGAACUCCCUAGGGAUUUUUAUUGUUGUCUCUUUGGGUUUUAAAGAAAACAAAAUGCAAAGCUAAUGAGAUCCUGGGCUGUACAGUUUCUUAAGACUAAAGGUUGAUGGGUACUUGGGGUUUCUCAGCGAGCCUCCCUAGAUGAUGAUACAGCAUGGGUGUAGACCAGCCUGAGUGAAGGCACCUGUAAAUUUGCUAGAAGCCCUGGGCAUCAUCUUCUUGUGAACUGGGGGUUGCAGCUGACCAGCCUUGGUACAGAGUGCCCUAGGACCACACACUUCUGUGUGAAAGACGAGAAAAAUUGGUGGCCUCAGAGUGAGACUCCCUGGGCUGCAGGCCUUGCUCAGGGUUAAUAGAGUUGGAGCCUAUCAAAACUUCAAGUCACUUUCCAUUUGUAACUUUUGAAUUACCAAGUCAUACGUAAGAUAACGUACUCUGACAAAUCCCAUUGUGGAUGUAAGUUAAUUAGAGAAACCUGUAUAAUCCUUAACAUUGGCAAUAAACACAGGCUGUUAAAGCUUGAAAGUGUCGGGUAGGUUUAAGCUCGGAUAAUCAAACUAACAGAACAGCCUGCAUGAAGGGCUACAGUGAGCCAAAGUCUUACCGUGGUAACUCCUCUGCAGCUGAUGGUUACAACAGGUAUGCAGCUGGCUCCGUGCGUGGCCUUCCCCUUCCCACUUGUCCUGCCAGAUGAGACUUUUACUGGUGCUGCUGCUGCUUCAGUGAACAGGUAGUCAUCAAACUCCUCAGUGAAGGGCACAAUUUCGGGAGAAUUAUUUUCUGUGAAUUUCUUGCCAGUGUUUGCAAAGAGUCUCAAGGUUUGUACUGAAGUUCUCAGUGUGCUAAUGCAAAGCUUACCUUUGACGAUAUUGAAUGUGAUAUAUCUAUAGAGAACGUCCUUGCCUUACGUAAGGAUAGUAAACUUAUUUAAAUUAUGUAGACAAAUCAAAGUGGCAUUGCUUAACCUUCUAGUCGGUGUAAAAACCAGGUUAAACAGCAAAGAUGCAAAACUUAGGUCACUUUGAAAAUAUAAACCAAAGCUCCUUAUAGAAAUGGGCAACUGUGGAUUUGAAAACUGGUCAUUCCCUGUUUAUACGUAAGAAGUUCAGAGCUGAGCUAAGGAAAUGUUUUCAACAUGUGGAUUUUUAUUGGUGUUGUUUAAAAUCACUGUGUGCACCAAAGUCAGACUGAACUGCUAAGAGCACAUACCAAACCCUAUCUUAUUGUUGAAAGCUUAAGGUUUUAUUUUUAUAUAUUAGAAUGUUAUCACUGUUACAUAACGUACUCAGGACGAAGAACUUUGCUCAGGGAAUAUACCAAGUAAUGUUUUUUCUUUACAGAAUAGUCUACAGACCUGCUUACUCAGAACAAACCAAAUAGUCUUAGACCUUUUUAUCUCCAUAUAAGUAUUAUGUACUGAUAUUAGUAACUACCUCUGAGUUGACGUAGACCUACGUUUCUGAUAAUCAGAUCUCAGCGUUUUGUAUUAUAAGUUCCUGUGAAAUGAUGAAGUGGUAUUCUGUACUGGUUGCUUAUGUGAGCAUUUGUGUCUUUACAUUCACAGGGUCUGAGUUUUCAGAGAUGCUGGGCAACCACAGCUCCCACUGGCUUCCAGUUGGAGUUACUGGUGCUUAGCUUUUCUAGGAGGGGAGGGAUGGGGGAUGGGGGUGGAGGGGGAAGAAUAAAAACACAAAAGCAUCAAGCCCACUUUGUUUACAUAAGUGACAAUAAAAUUGCUAUUCUGUUUACAGCAAAAGGCUACCUCAUAUCUACUGCAUGAACACACCUUUGUGCUGCUGUGGCCUUAAAGGUGGCUGUUGAUCUAUGGUACAUACUUUUUAUCUGUACUAAAUAUGUAACUGUUAGUUCACCACUGCAGACAUUAUGGUAAAUACUUGUUUAAGAUGAAGCAUCCGUUUGAAAUUAUGAGACCUUUCCAAACAUUUCUUUGAAAGUUUUUAUUUUUCUGUCCAAAGGAUUAUGGGGCAUUGUUCACAAGAAUUAAUACAGCUCCAGAAGAGAAAAAAAUGUACAUGCCUAAGUUAAAUGUAUAGCAGCAUAAGCUGCAGCAGGGGACUACUUAGCACUGGACUGCAGUAGGAAAAAAAAAAAAAUCUAGUUAUACUCCUUCAAUUGGCUGCUCAAAAUAAGCAGAGGACCUUUUAAAGGGGGAGGCACAGAUUGAGUUUGAGAUUCUUCCUUCAUGU